AUGAAAAAUCCGUCAACCCUUAAUCGUCAGCUCUCAAUGUGUGACAUGAUUUCCAAUGAUGUAUCUGAAACAAACAACCAAGGUGUUCUAAAAUCAUGUGUCACUCAUAACAUCUGUGCAGAUAAUCCCAAACCGGAUAACAAUUUUUUAUGUCCAUUUCUUCAAUGGCAGAAGCACAACGAGGAAUUACUAAGCCGAUCAGUUCAGGGGCAUCAUCAAUCGAAUGUGGUUGAGUAUAAUGUGCAGCGUGCAAUAAACACAUUAUCYGGAUCUGUGGAUAAAUCUAUGUUGGAUAGUACCAAUAAAAUUGCUGGUAUGGCUAGAAGCAUAGAUAGAUGGAAAGAAUACAUGAUUCAAGUUAUAGAAAACAUGCGAAACGAAAUUGAUUUACUAAUUUUGAGUAAAACAAAAAUCCAAAAAGCCCAAAUGGCGUUGCGUAUUAUAUGUUCCAUAUCUGCCGAGUGCUUAGAACGACGGUCGUUUAGAUUGGAUACUGAUCUCACAUUAGAUCCUGGACAAGUGGAGCUUGUUAAAGAAAAAGAACUAAUUUCUGAAAUUGGAGAUAUAUUUUGCCGCAUGUUGUGCCAGAUAAAAGUUCAAAUAAACCGAAAUAAAAACAUGAAGGCUCGACUCGAAAAAAAUUGGAGUGAUAAAUAUCAGUCAUUUCAAAUUGAUACCACAAAUUUAGGUCUGAAUAUUCAGACGCCUAUCAUUAUGUCACAUGCGGACGUUAUCAAAGAUUCUGAAAACACUUGCUUAUCAGUACCAGAAUGGGAAACAAUUACUAAAAGUUUAUAUGAAGAAGCUGAACAAAUUUUGAACGAAUCAAGACAAUUAAGAUCCCUAGUUGACGAUGUACUCAAAAAAAGCGCAAAUAGGUUAAGAGAUCAAGCUGACACAGUUGAUAUUGCUCUGGCGCGAUUUAUAUCCGAUACACAACAAAUUGGGCAAGCAAUUGAGAACGACUUGAAACAAGUGGUUCAACGGUUGGGUGAUUCGGAAAAUUUAAUCGGAGACCUCCUUCGCGUAAUAAUGAAUUUAGAAAAAGCGAAGCAAACUGCUGAAACAAGAUUACACAAUCGGCUAAAACGUCCGGGGGAUGAGAAUGUCAAGGAUAAUGCACAACUAAGCCUUAUUUCGGAAGUUAAAAACCUAAGCRAUCAAUUAAACACUCUCAAUUAUCAGUUGGACUGCGCCAGAACUGGACAUUUGGGUUUGCAAAAAGCUCGUUCGUUACUCGAAGACGAUUCUCGAGUUAAAAGGAAAACACUUUGGAUCGAUAGCAUUAGAUGCCAAAAGAUACGAGCGCAUUAUCCUUCCAUGAACAUAUUACUUGGCCAAUGA